UGUCACACAACGUGCGCGUACGUGACUUAUGAAUUGGCUGUAUAUUAUCUAUGGCAGUUACAUGACAUUUAUUAUGUAUUUACUGUAAUUACGUUUGCUAUCACCAAUUGUAAAUUACAUUGUUAAAUCAUAUUGGUGAAAUAUCAGAAUUCCUUCAAUCUCAUCAAAUACAUUAUUAUUUUAACAAAUGUAUACUUUUAUUGAGCGAAUUUAAUUUCAGAUUUGCGAUGAUGAGUAUUUAAGAGGAGCACAAUUAUAUUAGCAUAAUUUAUAAUCAUUGCGUUACAAUUACAGGAUGGCAACAUUGAAGCAUGAUAUUGAACUACCAAGCAGUAUUCCAGAAUUAUUAAUGGAGAAGCAUGCAAACUAUCUUAUUUCGUAUGGGACCAACAAAGAUGAAUAUAACUAUUCUCAGACUGAGCACAUGAGGAUGUCUGGAAUGUAUUGGGGUCUUACUGCUCUAGAUUUAAUGGGAAAGUUAGAACAAACCAAUAAAGAGGAGGUAUUAGAAUUUAUUGGACAGUGUCAAAGUGAUAGUGGUGGUAUUAGUGCCAGUAUACAACACGAUCCACAUUUACUUUAUACACUCAGUGCUGUUCAGAUACUGUGUAUGUACGAUGCAUUGCAUGUAAUAAACAUUGAUAAAAUUGUAAAUUACAUCAAAGAGAGACAGCAGGCAGAUGGAAGUUUUGCUGGUGAUCAAUGGGGCGAAGUGGAUGUCAGAUUUUCGUUCUGUGCUGUUGCCACUUUGUCACUUUUGAAUCGCUUAGAUGCAAUAGACAUCGAGAAAGCAGUGCAAUUUGUGUUGAAGUGUAUGAAUUUUGAUGGAGGAUUUGGUUCAAAACCAGGAUCCGAGAGUCAUGCAGGUUUAAUCUAUUGUUGCGUAGGAUUACUUUCAAUAACAGGACAUUUGCAUCUGAUAGAUGCUGAUCGUUUAGGAUGGUGGUUAUGUGAAAGACAAUUACCUUCCGGUGGUUUAAAUGGCAGACCCGAAAAGUUACCAGAUGUGUGCUACUCUUGGUGGGUAUUAUCGGCACUAACAAUUCUAGGCCGUCUUCAUUGGAUAGAUAAAAAAGCCUUGAUCGAUUACAUUUUGACUUGUCAAGAUAUUGAAACCGGCGGUUUCAGCGAUCGACCUGGAGACAUGGUCGACCCUUUUCAUACUUUAUUCGGCCUCACUGCAUUGUCAUUGUUGGACAAGAAUUUUUCGUUGAAACCAAUUAAUCCUACAUACUGCAUGCCGGAAUACAUAAUCGAUCGUUUAGGUCUUAAACCAUCACGGCUCGAUGCAUGAUUAUAUAACCGACGAAUUUUAGUCAUUUCGUUUACUUCUUCGUUAAAAAAAUACACAACUAUAGAUUUUUUACAAAA